AUGGCAGAACCCCAUCAUUCAUCUACUGGCAAAAAUGGCAAUGUCACCAAGGAGUUCAUCCUAAAUGCCUUCGUGAUGAACACCCCUGGCCAUUUGGCCCCAGGACUAUGGAAGCAUCCUCGCAACAAGACAGACCGGUAUAAGAAGCUCUCUUUCUGGACAGAUCUAGCCCAGUUGCUGGACAAAGCCAACUUCCAUGCCAUGUGCAUCGCCGACACCUUGGGUCCCCCUCGCAUCCGGGCCUCAAUUCCCGUAAAUGACCUGCUCUAUCUCGUGCCCGCCAUGGCCGCAGUCACAAAGAAUCUAGUGUUUGGAGUCACGGCCAGCCCCACCUACGAGAAACCCUAUGCGCUCGCCCGCAGACUCUCGACUGUCGACCAUCUAAGUGAAGGUCGGAUCGCAUGGAACAUUGUCACCUCUUAUUUGGAUAGCGCGGCACGGAACCACGGUCUCAAAGAGCAGAUCCCCAAUGGCGAGCGAUAUGCUAUCGCCCACGAAUAUAUGGACGUGCUCUACAAGCUCUGGGGAGGCAGUUUCCGGGACGAAUACCUAAGCCACGCAGACCAAGCGGGCGCGCUGGCGCUCUUUGGCGGCUGGACCGGAGUCAAUCUGUCCGGGUACAACGAUGAUGAGGAUUUCCGGUUCAGCGAUUCGCCGCGAGUUCAAUCCAUCGUUCGGAGAUGGUCAGUCACGGUGCCAGGCACGGACAACCUGCCGUGGACCAAUCGCAGGAUCGUCGAGUAUUUGAGCGUGGGCGGGCUCCAGGCCAUGCUAAUCUUAGUACUCGGCCGAUCUAUAUAA